GUAACACUUGUAGUCGAUUUCAUUAAUUGGUUACUGAACGUCAGCAGUGCUGUAUUUAAGCUGAAAGGACGCAUCGAAUUGUACCAUAUCUCAACAAAGUCGUUCUCUGUUCGGGUCGAAAUCGAGCUGAGUUUAGCACCAUGAGGAUGAGCGUAAUGUUCCUGGUGGGCGUGGCAGCUGCAGUGACGCAGGCUGUUCCCGUUGAGCACGAGGAGAUGCUUUCUCCCCCAGAAACGAAUCUUUCUAGGUCUGCCAUUCUCGAUAUGAUAUCUCUGAUCAGCAGUGGAUCCCAAGAUCUGAACCCCCUGGCGAUUCUCCAAAAUCUCCUCGUCAAUGGAACCCAGCCGGUGAACCCCUUGGAAAUUAUCCCAAUUCUGCUCGGAAAUGGAACCCAGCCGUUGAACCUUUUGGAAAUUAUCCCAAUUCUGCUCGGAAAUGGAACCCAGCCGGUGAACCUCUUGGAAAUUAUCCCAAUUUUGCUCGGAUCCCAGCCGGUGAACCCCUUGGAAAUUAUCCAAACUUUGCUCGGAUCCCAGCCGGUGAACCUCUUGGAAAUUAUCCCAAUUUUGCUCGGAUCCCAGCCGGUGAACCCCUUGGAAAUUGUCCAAAAUUUGCUCGACAAUGGAUCCCAGCCAAUAGGUCCUCUGGAGAUUUUUACAGGUGCUGUGGAAAUCCUGAGUCUGUUGCGCAAUGGAACCGUGCCUUCUGCCACUGAAAUCCCCAUCAAUAAAUGAACUCCAGGGGCUGCCACUACAGACAGGUGUUCUGUGGAAAACAACAGAUCAGCUGAAGACUACGGAGAGUGGAGAGUGAACUUCAUUGCUUUAUGUAGUGUCCUGUAGGCAGGAAAAUAUAGAGUUCUGGCUUUGCA